CAAACGAAAGUGCUACAAUAUCGAUUUUUCAAAAUUUUUUGAAACUAAACAAGGCCUUAGUUUUCGGCUAGCACUAGUUCUCUUUGGAAAUUCCGUGGGAUUGCAAAUAUAAGCACGAAGAAGCCCUCGUAGGCAAGCACUGAUUCUCUUUGGACAUUCUGGGGAAUCGCAAGUACUCGUAUCACGUACUCGAGUUGUGUCAUUGUAGUGGAGAAGCCGCACGGCCGUGCUUGCGUCAUUGGCUCGUUGCGUGUCAUUGUGUGCAGUGCAGUGUCCACCCCUCCACCCCAUCCGCAUCCAGCCAGAUUCCAGACCAGACAGGGCCGCGGCUUUCACGCCGCUCGGACACCCGCAACACCUGACCGGAGAGAGAGGGAGGCGGAGAAGAAAGGGGAAAGGGGACCGACCAGGCGAAGCCGGCCCUCGGCAAUGGAGACCUCUCCUCCUCCUCCUCCUCCUCCGCCGCCGCCGCCGCAGAUCGAUCAUCUUCUCUCGCAAUUCCCCAUCAUCCCCAAACCCGAUCCCGACGGCCCAACCCCUGCGCAAACCCCCGCCCCCAUCGCAGAACGGUCGGCGGCGCUGAUGCUGGCGCUCACCCCGGAGCUCUGCCAGGUUCUCCACCGGGAGCUUGCUCCUUCCCCCGACGACGAUCCCUACUUCGCUCGCUGCCUUCGCCAAUCCCAGCUCCACCUCGAAGCCCUCGCCGCCAGUCUCCGCCCCCCCUCUUCCUCCUCCUCCUCCUCCUCCGCCGCCGCCGCCGCCGCAUCCCUUGCACGAGUCCUUCCUCCGCCUCCUCCCCCUCAGAAGGAGUUGCGGACGCAGCUGCAACGAGAACCAGGCGCAGGCGGCGGAUCCAACCCCUCCAGCUCCAAGAAGCGCGCGCGCGCCUCCACUGAGGUGGUGCGCGCCACCCACCUCAGCCCCGCGGACCAUCUCCGCUACCGCGCCCUCGUCCGCCGCGCGCGCCUCACCUUCGAGGCGCUCCGCAGCACCUACCAGCGCCAGGAGACCUCCAGCGGCGUCCGCAACCGCCAUGACCUCCGCGCCUCCAGGCAGAUGCUCUCCGCUGGCCACUGGCUCCACCGCGAGGUCCGCAUCGUCGGCGAUAUCCCCGGCGUCUUCGUCGGCGACGCCUUCUACUACCGCGCCGAGAUCUGCGUCGUCGGCCUCCACACCAUGCCUCAGGCCGGCAUCGGCUACAUCCCCGGCAGCCUCCUCAACGAGGGCGACCCCGUCGCCACUAGCAUCGUCUCCUCCGGAGGGUACCUUGACGACGAGGACACCGGCGACGUCCUCGUCUAUACCGGCAGCGGCGGCCGCCAGCGCAACCGCGUCGACCACCACGCCAACCAGACGCUUGAGCGCGGCAACCUUGCGCUCCACAACAGCUACCUCUACGGCGUGGAGGUGCGCGUCAUCCGGGGCCACGACAUCGACCAAGGUCCGCACCGCAAGGUCUAUGUCUACGACGGCCUCUACAGGGUCAUUGAGUCCACCUUCGGCCCCGGCAAGUCCGGCCACGACGUCUGCAAGUUCAAGCUUGUGCGUCUCCCCGGCCAGGACGACCUAGCCAGCAAGACCUGGCACACCGCCAAGCUGCUCAAGGAGUCCAUGGACGCCAGAAUCCGCCCGCCAAGGUACAUCUCCCUCGACCUCUCCAAGGGGGCUGAGCUUCUUCGCGUCCCUGUCUGCAACAAGGUGGACAAUGACAGGUCUCCCCUGCUAUUUGAGUACAUUGCCCAACCUGAGUUUCCAGUGCGGCCAGCGCACGUGCCAGUCAAGCAGCACGGCGGCUGCCAUUGCGCGGGGGGCUGUGGCUCCAAGUGCAGAUGUGAGAGGAAGAACGGUGGAGAGCCAGUGUAUACUGAGGAUGACAUUCUGGUGAUGGGGAGACCGGUGGUGUAUGAAUGCGGUGCUCUGUGUGGGUGCCCCAUGACCUGCGUGAACCGUGUGACGCAGCGAGGGAUGAAGCACCGGCUGGAGGUGUUCCGCUCCAUUGAGACAGGCUGGGGUGUCAGGGCGCUUGACUUGAUACAGCCGGGAGCGUUUGUGUGUGAGUACACUGGGCAUGUGGUUGUUAUGGAUGAUCAGCCAGGCAGUGCAUUGGAGGGUCGCAGCAUCAUCGAUCCAAGGAGGUUUCCAGAGCGAUGGAAGGAGUGGGGAGACGCCUCGGCUGUGGAACCAAACAUGAAGAGACUCCAGUUUGCAAAGUUUGCAGGACCAGGUUAUGUUCUUGAUGUGUCACAUAAGAGGAAUGUGGCCUGCUACAUUAGCCACAGCUGCACACCUAAUGUGUUUCUUCAGUUUGUAUUGCGUGGCAAUGAGGACGAGUCGUUCCCUCACCUGAUGGUUUUUGCCAUGGAGACCAUCCCACCCAUGCGUGAGCUGAGCAUUGACUAUGGAAUUGAUAUGGAGUUGAGUGCAAUCUGAUGCUGGUUCUGAGGCAUCAAUGUGGGGAAGGCAGGCUUACUAGACUUUUUGGAUGAUAGCGUAGGCGACGAUUUUUUUUUUGGGGGGAAUAAUAACCAUACAUGAUACACUGGUUUAGUUUUGCCCUAGUUUGCACCCUUCAAUAGUUAAAUUCUAGAAUUCAGAGUGACAGAGUAUCAAAAGGUGCUCAUAUUUCUGUUGUUGUCACUAAUCCUUGCUUCAUUUAUAGGGCUUACCUGCAAAAGGCAUGCUAAAUCUGUUUUACUAGUGUUGAUAUGGUUAAUGGCUGGCACAGAAAGACUGUAUGUUUAGCAACCAUGUAUUGUGAAUGUUUGUGAACUUACCCUGUGUUAGUUACAUGAAUGAGCAGCUGCUUUAUUUUGGGAUUUGUUUGCUUUGUGUAAAACCCUCAA